CCGCGCUGUGAUGUGUGGGCUCCUGCAUUGUGCCACACAAAUCCAGUGAUUUAUCCGCACACCGUGUAGUUUGACUUCAAGUUGCUCUUCCAACCUUUUGAAGUUAGAUUGAACACUUACACAUAAUGGAUGGACAUAGGCUAACAGGACGUCCAUAUUAGUCUCCAUACAACCCAUCAAAAAGUAACCGAAGACUCAAAGUGUUUCUGGAUCAAGUGAGAGCAUGGCCCAUGUAGAGGAGUCUCAAACAGAGGGAGAGGGCAGCCUCAAGAUGAUCUCCUUGAGAUCGGAAACCUCGGGGAACCAUGUAGAUGAUGGAGAAGUGGCGCCCUCCAUGAGGAAGAAGAGGAGGAAGAAGAAAGACCCGCGUCCGGAGUCCAUCAUUGUUUACCGCUCGGAAAUGGAGAGGGCGCCUGGAGAGGACCAAGGCGGUGAGGAGGGAGCCGAGAGGAGCUCAGAGGAAGGAGCUAAAUUCCUCUGCACACCUACAGGCGAAGGAGGAGGAGGAUGGAAUCUUCCUCCAGACAGCCGCUACGUGACCCUGACAGGCACCAUCACCCGAGGGAAGAAGAAGGGCCAGGUCGUCGACAUUCACCUCACUUUGACAGGGAGGGAACUCAGGGGUCUGGCGAAGUCAAAGGAACGUCUCGAUGCAGAGUGUGAGGCAGGAGACGGCGCUAAGCGCAACUGCAGCGUAGGUGUGAGCCAGGGACCCCACGUCGUCCUGUGGAGCCUCUCCUGUGCACCCGUGAUUUUCCUCCUCUCCUUCAUCACUUCCUUCUACUACGGCACUCUAACCUGGUACAAUGUCUUCCUGGUGUACAAUGAGGAGCGGACGUUCUGGCACAAGAUUACAAUAUGCCCCUUCCUCAUCAUCUUCUACCCCAUGCUCAUCAUGCCCAUGGCGCUGUCUCUGGCUCUGUACUCCGCCUUGGUGCAGGUGUCCUGGGCCUUCAGCGAGUGGUGGCAGGAGGUGAGAGACCUGGAGAAAGGCUUCUGCGGCUGGGCCUGUGGGAAGCUGGGGCUGGAGGACUGUUCCCCCUAUAGCAUCGUGGAGCUGCUCGACUCUGAUACUGUUUCUGGCACUCUGCAGAGCAAGGCCCCCAGUGAACUCGCACAGACGUCCUCGGUGUGACUGUUGUAGGGGGGACGAGAGGGGGGGACGCUGGGGUCCAAGGCACAUGUUGGUGUUGACCUAUUUUUAAGUGAUAUGACAAACAAGCUAGAACGUUCAAGUCAGUCACAGAAAAGCACUUAAAAGCUGUUUACUUUUCUGUGAAUGAAAACUUACCAAACACUGCCUGAAUUGUCCUGAAAUGCUGAAAUAUUGUGUAUAAUUGCGUUAAACAUUAUUGGAGUCAGAUCACUCUGUAUGAUUCCUCUUAGCAUGGGAGUGGUAGUGUUACAUUUAGGUUGUCAUUGGUUAUCCUCCAAUCACUGAAUCAUACUCAUGACCUUUUGACGCAUGAAGGCCUGGGUGCUUCCUGUAGUAAAGCUUAGAUAAACUGGCGGUGGACAUCGAUGCACACAUUGUUGGAGGCCUGGACAUCAAAGUUGAAUUUCAUCUGUAAAUAUCUGUAAUUUAGUGUGAUCACUGAGCUGAACUGACAUCCGAAUGAGGAGGCAUUUAAAAGGCAAGACUGUCUUGUAUGUGAAUCCAUCUUAAGUCCUCUGUGAUGUUGUAGUUGAAGUAACUGGAAAAAGUGGGCACCUGCCUCAAGGGCUCCAGAUGGGUCAAUAACUUUGUGGAAAUUAGAUUUUAUUGUGAAUAUAGACCAUUGAGCACAAUAUUGACUGAAACAAUGUACGCACCUUAAGAUGGGCAAUGUCCUGUGAAGCAAUUCUGUUACCGCAUUUAGUUUUUAAGGAUAAGGCCUUAUCCUUUAAUAACUGUAUUAUUUUAGGUGAUGUUGUGCUUAUGUUUUACAUAUUCCUGAAAUGAAUUGUGUUUCAUCAAGAAGUACGCCAGCAUUUGAGUAUACUUGUUGGUGUGGGGCAUUCUAGGCUGAUUAUAGUUAAGUGGCCAUGUGUUGCUGCUGUGUUUUCUGAUAAUCCGCAUAUGUAGGCGAUAAGGAGAGGAAGGAAGAGAAAUCGAUAGAGACCCAUGGGACAAAUCCAGCCAAGAUUUAAAGCCAUAGUCAGGACAAGGCGAACAAUUUCUUUGGUAAAGUAAAACAUUUUUCGUUGUCAUCUAAUGCACCAUUAACACAGAUGUUUAUCAUCUCAAAGUACUUGUUCUGUUCUCACACUCUUGUUUCACACGUGAGCAAGUUCACUGUUAUUGUCCACCUGUUAUAUUUACACGCAGUCAUUUUUUAAAAUGUUGAUUUAAUUUAUUUUUAAAUAUUGAAGCCUCGUUCACUUCCUGAAAUAGUUCUAGCUCUGUGUUUUACUCUGGCAUUUUGAAGUAAAUGUAUUGCAUAGCUGAUGGGGCUGGUUUGGGUGGAUCAGAUUAAAUAUGUGAUCAUUCUGAUGUUUAUGAUCAGACCUGA